AUCGGCGUGCCAUAACGUAGUGUGGCCUGUGUAUCAAUAACUUUAGACUUUAUCAGUGUUUACUAAGCAGCGAAAACCCACAAGAUUGCUGCACGUCUACCUGUUCGGAAAUUAUAACAGAAUACAUAGCCUAAUACAAGAUGCCACUGAAGAGGGACAAACUUUUGAUAGGCCUUGGGAGCGUUGCUGGACUGUCUCUUGCAGCAUGGCAGACGAUGUGUCCCUGGUUGAAGUAUGACCUACAGUAUCUGAAAAUUGCUAUGAAAGUUGGAAAACAAAUUGGAAAGAAUAUAGCAAACCAGCGAUAUGUAAUUGAGAUGUUUGAGGAAAAUGUUGCAAAAUUUCCUAAACAGACUAUGAUAAUUUUUGAAGACAAGGAGUACACUUUUGAAUUUAUGAAUGAACAAGCCAAAAAGGUCGCCAACAUUGCCUAUGAAUGGAGGUUUAAGGUUGGAGAGAAAGUGGCCUUGUUAAUGCAGAAUCACCCAGCUUUCAUUUGGACAUUUUUAGGUCUUCAGAAAGUCGGACUAAGUGUGGCUUUCUUAAACCAUCAUAACAGAGGCACAUCUCUUCUGCAUACUAUCAAUGUAAGCCGUACUCGAGCUCUGAUCAUCGGAUCAGUGGUAGAGCUGUACAAUGCAAUUGACGAGAUACGUACAGAACUAAACAUACCGUUAUAUAUCUGUGGGUACUCCAGCACCAGUGUACCGGAUGGUUUCAUUUCUUGGGAUGAUCUCAUGCUGACGUCACCAGCGGCUGAUAUCUGUAAAUCCCACAGAAGAGACAUCACUCUACGCACACCAUGCAUCACCAUCUUUACAUCCGGAACUACAGGCUUACCAAAACCAGUUAACUUCAAUCACGAAAAAGCUAUUACGAUUUCUGGGAUGUUGCUUGCUACUGAAGGUACAUCGAAUGAUAGAUUGUACACUACAACUCCUCUUUAUCACGUGCUGGCCUGUAUAGCUUUAUUUAGCGUCCUAGAAUCAGGUGCUACACUGGUUCUCAAAGUUCAGUUUUCUGCUUCCCAGUUUUUUGAUGACUGUAGAAAACACAAAGUCACAGUAGCCCAAUAUGUUGGAGAGCUACCCAGAUAUUUACUGCAUCUUCCUGAGAGCCCUGGUGACGGUAAUCAUAAUAUUCGAGUGAUGAUUGGAAGUGGUUUAAGAGCCGACAUAUGGGAGAAAUUUCAAAAGAGGUUCAGAAUUCCCAAGAUUGUGGAGGCGUUUUCUGCUACGGAGGGGACGAGUAAUUUUUUUAAUCCCAUUGGAAGAAUUGGGUCGUGUGGCAGACUGUCUCCAUUCCUGAAUAGAAUAAGUCCAGUCAAGUCCUUCAUAGUGCGAUAUGAUCCAAAAACAUAUUCUCCAUUGAGGAAUCGGGAAGGGCGAUGCAUUCCUUGUAAUAUAGGUGAGCCUGGUCUCCUGAUUGGAGGGAUUCCGAACAAAACAGUGAUUGAUGACGGAUUUUACGCCGGCGACAAGACCGCAAGCGAGAGGAAAUGUGUCAGGAAUGCGUUUGAAGAGGGAGAUGUGUUCUUUAAUUUUGGGGAUUUGCUGUAUCUAGACAAAGAUUAUUUCAUGUAUUUCAAGGAUCGAGUGGGAGACACCUUCAGGUGGAAAGGUGAAAAUGUGUCAACAAAUGAAGUAGCCAAUGUUUUAACAGAACUACCAUUCAUACAAGACGCUAAUGUGUACGGAGUAGAAAUCCCAGAUGCUGAUGGCCGGGCUGGGAUGGCAGGCAUAUUACUGAAGGAAGGGAGAAAAUUCAAAGCCGAUAUGUUAUCUGAAAUAUAUCAACACUGUAAGAAAAACCUACCAAAUUACGCCCAGCCACUUUUUCUCCGACUUAUCAAGGAAAUGCCGCUGACCACAACCCACAAACAGAAGAAGGGGGAGUAUGUAAAAGAAGGAUUUAAUCCUUCCAUCAUACGAGAUCCAUUGUUUCGCAUUUCACCGGAAACUAAAACAUAUGUUCCCCUCACCAUGGAUAACAUUGGUACGUUUUUGUCCAAAUCGCGAUUAUGAUGUAACGGAUAGUCUUGGAAUCUGGUAGGCAAUAUACAUUGUGUUGGUGGUUUCCUAUGCUGUUCAAUUUGACCAGCGUUAUUCUACAAAAAACAUUAGUACUUUUAACAUUAUUCAAGAAGGUGAAAUGAUACUUAUAUAAGCAUAGAACUAGAUCAACCUGUUAAGUGUUGCUAUAUGUAAAUAAUAUUACCUAAAUCGUCGAGCGGUCUAGCGUGCUGGACGCUCGCUGCUAGGAUAUUUAGUUCCGCAGAUCGUGAGUUCAACCCUGGGCAGGAGCGGAAGUGGGAAUCCAUAUAAUUAUGAAUUUCUCUAUGCUUUAUGAUAAAAUAUUUCUUUACUUAG